UAUUGCCUCUUUUCUCGUUCUCUACCUCAACUCUGUUUCUUCUUCUCCAUUUUUUUUUUUCACUUUCUUCAGCUAGAAAAACCAGAAAGAAAACGAUGCCAGGAUCAAUGACAGAAAUUUGGGCAAAAAUGGGUUCGACCACAGUGAGCUUGAUGUUCUUAUGGGCUGUGAUAAGACAGUAUUGCCCCUAUGAGCUACGUCGAUGUUUCGAAAAGUAUACACACAGAAUCACGAGCUUCUUCUACCCUUACAUCAAGAUCUCCAUACAUGAAUUCACUGGAGAGAGACUCAAGAGAACUGAAGCUUAUGCAGCUGUUGAGGCAUACCUGAGUGUUAACUCAUCAAAGACUGCGAAAAGACUCAAGGCAGAGAUGGGUAAAGAUAGCACCAAUUUGGUGCUAAGCAUGGAUGAGUAUGAGAGAGUGAGUGAUGAGUUUGAGGGUGUCAAAGUUUGGUGGGUUUCAAGCAAAGUGAUGUCCCCAGCAAGGUCUGUAUCUUAUUAUCCUGAACAAGAGAAGAGAUACUACAGACUUACAUUUCACAAGAAGUACAGGGAGAUAAUUACAGGUGCUUACCUAGAGCAUGUGGUGAAAGAAGGGAAGGAGAUAAGAGUGAGGAAUAGGCAGAGAAAACUGUAUACUAAUAGUCCUGGAUACAAAUGGUCUAGCUACAAGCAAACCAUGUGGAGUCAUAUUGUGUUUGAGCAUCCAGCUACUUUCGAUACAAUGGCUCUGGAGCCACAGAAAAAGCAAGAGAUUAUUGAAGAUCUUGUGACUUUCAGCAAGAGCAAAGAGUUCUAUUCUAGGAUUGGAAAAGCAUGGAAGAGAGGUUACCUUCUUUAUGGGCCUCCUGGGACAGGGAAAUCCACCAUGAUAGCUGCAAUGGCUAAUUUGCUGAAUUAUGAUGUUUAUGAUCUUGAGCUCACUGCAGUGAAAGACAACACAGAGCUGAGGAAGCUUCUCAUAGAGACAACCAGUAAAUCCAUCAUGUCAUUGAAAUAUGACUGCUCUCUUCAUCUUACAGGCCAGAGGAAGAAGACAGAGGAGAAUGACAGAGACAAGUUGGAUAAAGAGACUGCAAGGAAAGAAGGAAAGGACGAAAGCAGUAGCAGGGUGACCUUGUCAGGAUUGCUGAAUUUCAUAGACGGACUCUGGUCUGCUUGUGGAGGGGAGAGGCUGAUUGUUUUCACCACCAACUACGUGGAGAAGCUUGAUCCAGCCUUGAUACGAAGAGGCAGGAUGGACAAGCACAUCGAGCUUUCCUACUGCAGUUUCGAGGGAUUCAAAGUACUGGCCAAGAACUACCUCAAAUUGGGAGCUCAUCCCAUUUUUGAGACUAUCCAAGUCUUGAUGAAGGAGACCAAGAUCACACCUGUUGAUGUUGCAGAGAACCUGAUGCCCAAGUCACCAUCUGAUAAUGCAGAGAAAUGUCUUACAAAUUUGAUUCAGGCUCUCAAGGAAGCAAAGGAAGAAGAGGCUAAGAAGAAAGCAGAGAAUGAAGAUGCUGCCACCAAGGAAACAGAGAAUGAGGAAGCAGCCUCCAAGAAUACAGAUGACCCUGCCAAGGAAGACCUGAAGCUUCCGGAUAACCUGGAAAGUGAGAUGUCUAUGUGAACCGCUGGUGCAAUGGGACUACUUCGAUAUUAUUCUGGAAAAUUUUCUGGUGCCAGACUGAGGGGAUUAUUGUCAUGUAGAAAUGAAAGAGAAGUUUGUACACAUUUAAGUGCCAUUUAGCACA